GCGGCGGAGUGCCGGCGGCGGCCGGAAGUAGCCGAAGCGCGCGGCGGAAGUAGCCGAAGCGGCCGGAGCGGGCGGGCGGCAAGGCGAGGCCGGAGCUGCACAGGGCCCUUACGCGGCCGCCUCAGCAUGUCGGACUUCGACGAGUUCGAGCGGCAGCUCAACGAGAAUAAGCAAGAGCGAGACAAGGAGAACCGGCACCGGAAGCGUAGCCACAGCCGCUCUCGAAGCCGGGACCGCAAGCGCCGGAGCCGGAGCCGGGACCGGCGCAACCGGGACCAGCGGAGCGCCUCCCGGGACAGGCGGCGGCGAAGCAAACCUUUGACCAGAGGCGCUAAAGAGGAGCACGGUGGAUUGAUUCGCUCCCCCCGCCACGAGAAGAAGAAGAAGGUCCGUAAAUACUGGGAUGUACCGCCACCUGGCUUCGAGCACAUCACCCCCAUGCAGUACAAGGCCAUGCAAGCUGCGGGUCAGAUUCCAGCCACCGCUCUUCUCCCCACCAUGACCCCUGAUGGCCUGGCUGUGACCCCGACGCCGGUGCCCGUGGUCGGGAGCCAGAUGACCAGACAGGCCCGCCGCCUCUACGUGGGCAACAUCCCCUUUGGCAUCACUGAGGAGGCCAUGAUGGAUUUCUUCAACGCCCAGAUGCGCCUUGGGGGGCUGACCCAGGCCCCUGGCAACCCCGUCUUGGCUGUGCAGAUUAACCAGGACAAGAAUUUUGCCUUCUUGGAGUUCCGCUCCGUGGACGAGACCACCCAGGCCAUGGCCUUCGAUGGCAUCAUCUUCCAGGGCCAGUCGCUGAAGAUCCGCAGGCCUCAUGACUACCAGCCCCUGCCUGGCAUGUCAGAGAACCCCUCCGUCUAUGUGCCUGGAGUUGUGUCCACCGUGGUUCCAGACUCUGCCCACAAGCUGUUCAUCGGGGGUCUGCCCAAUUACCUGAACGAUGACCAGGUAAAAGAGCUGCUGACGUCGUUUGGGCCUCUCAAGGCCUUCAACCUGGUCAAGGACAGUGCCACGGGGCUCUCCAAGGGCUAUGCCUUCUGUGAGUACGUGGACAUCAACGUUACAGACCAGGCCAUCGCAGGGCUGAAUGGGAUGCAGCUGGGGGAUAAGAAACUGCUCGUCCAGAGGGCAAGUGUGGGAGCCAAGAAUGCCACGCUGGUGAGCCCCCCGAGCACCAUCAACCAGACCCCUGUGACCCUGCAAGUGCCAGGCCUGAUGAGCUCCCAGGUGCAGAUGGGCGGCCACCCGACCGAGGUCUUGUGCCUCAUGAACAUGGUGCUGCCCGAGGAGCUGCUGGACGACGAGGAGUACGAGGAGAUCGUGGAGGACGUGCGGGAUGAGUGCAGCAAGUACGGGCUCGUCAAGUCCAUCGAGAUCCCCCGGCCUGUGGACGGCGUCGAGGUGCCCGGCUGCGGAAAGAUCUUCGUGGAGUUCACCUCUGUGUUCGACUGCCAGAAAGCCAUGCAGGGCCUGACGGGUCGCAAGUUCGCCAACAGAGUGGUUGUCACAAAAUACUGUGACCCCGACUCUUACCACCGUCGGGACUUCUGGUAGAGGGGGAGGGGGAGGGUGGGGGCAGGGCUGGCUGGGGGCUGCUCCCCCUCCCACCCCCCCUCUUUUCCCCCUCUGAAGAAGAUGGGCAGAGGAGUGACAGCCGAAUGACAGCCGGCAGCAACUGGAAUGGCAGCAAUUAGGGUGGGGUGGGUGGGGUGGGGGUUGGGAUGGGGAGGGGAAUGGGGAAGUGCGCGCACAGGCCCACACAGACACAUGCACCCAGACACAGAGGGAAGGGGUGGGGACGGGGAGGGGGUGCACAGCAGGGCGGGGUAGGACCCCCAUAGCCCCUCCCCAAAACAGCCUCUCCUCCCUUUUACCCUCUUUCUCCCCUUCCCCACCGUAGAAACAUAGUGUGUUUAUAUUUUAUGGCCAAACUAUUUUGAAUUUUGUUGUCCUACCCCUGGUGCCCUGCCUUCUCCCUUUCCAGGACCACAGCUCCCGCCCUCUUGGCCUCUGGUCCUCUCCCUGGUGCCCGCCCUCUCCCCGGUUUCUUACGUAGUUGAUUCUCUCCUCCUUAGUCUUCCCCCACCUGCACCCCAGCCCCGUGGCCCUGUCCUCCUCUCUGUGGCAGUUUCAUAUUUGCUAAGACAAAUUUGCUCAUUAAACAUUUUGUUGUAUUUUACUUUA